GAAUUUUCAAAAGUGUGGGGGAGUGGCUGAGAAAUCAAUAAUUAAGCAGAAUAAAAUAAAAGUGAUUAGACUUGAUAGAUUGCUAGAUUAUUGUAUAAUCUGUUAGUUUAAAUUACAGAAUUAUUAACUACGUUUUCCUCGGAUUGCACGUUGGAAAAUCCCCGCCGUUGACUAAUUCGGAAAUGGAUUGACUCAUUCUAGGCAAAGCCAUAGGCUAUAAAGCGUGGGGAAAAAAACUCAUUCCUUAUCCAACAACCACAAAGUUCAAAAACAAAUAAUAAUGAUCCCAACAGUAUCAGCAUUUGAAGCAUACAACCUCAUCUACGGUGGCUCAAAGGUUGCAAGCCAAACAUCACCACAAAUCCUCGCUCAAGCAGCUUCAUACAAGUCAAUGAAAGCAUUUGAUGCAUUGGCAACAAAGCCAGGUGACAAGUACGCCUCAAGAACAUUACUUUCUGCAAUUUCAAAGAAGGAAGUUGACGAACUUGAGCGCAAAUACCGUAUGUCACCUCAACAACUUGAAGACACACGUAAACUCGCUAGACUCUCUGCCAUGGCAAUCAUUGGCAACUAAGUAGUUGUUUCCAGAUAAUUAAGAGACAAGAACUUGAAAUCUACUAAUAAUAAGGACAAUUUUCUGCAUUUAUUACUAUCUUGGUUGUAUAGGUUAUAUCGG